GUGUGAACACUCCUCCUCCUGUUGGGUUCUACUGAGUUCUACUCUUCAUCUGUUUUCUUAUUUCUUCUUUCGUCCUUUGAUUCGUUCUUCCUACUUUUCUCUCUGGUUUCCUGAUUUUUCUUGACCUUCUUCACAUUCUCAGUAUUGCUCCUCAUCCUCGCUCGUCAUGGCCGACUGGACAGAAUAUCUGAACUUUGGGAUCUCUGUUGCUAAACAGGCUGGGGAGGUGGUCCUGACAGCAUUCCAGCAGCAGAAGGAAGUGAAGCUCAAAAGUUCUCCGGCUGAUUUGGUGACAGAAACAGAUCAAAGAGUUGAGAAGAUCCUCAUCGCUGCCAUCAGGAACCAGUAUCCGCAGCACAGGUUCAUUGGGGAGGAGUCUGUGGCUGCAGGUGAGCGGGUAGAGCUGACAGACCACCCCACCUGGAUCAUCGACCCCAUUGAUGGAACUGUGAACUUCGUCCACAGGUUUCCAUUUGUUGCCAUCUCCAUUGCCUUCACCGUCAAUAAGCAGGUGGAGUUUGGGAUCGUGUACAGCUGUGUGGAUGACAAACUGUUCCACGCUCAGAGAGGAAGAGGAGCGUUCCUGAAUGGAGAACCACUGCGCGUCUCUGGACAGGAAGAUAUCAACCAGUGUGUGGUGGUGACAGAGAUCGGGGCAGAGCGUGAUGAUCUCGCGUUGUCCACCAUGACAUCCAACAUCUUCAGACUCCUGAAACUUCCUGUACAUGGAGUGCGUGCACUGGGCACAGCGGCGGUUGACAUGUGCCAGGUGGCGGCGGGUGGCGCUGACGCCUACUAUCACAUCGGGAUGCACUGCUGGGAUAUCGCCGCCUCCGCCAUCAUCAUCCAGGAAGCCGGAGGAGUCGUCAUAGAUACGGACGGCUCAGAGUUCGAUAUGAUGUCCAGGAGAGUCAUCGCUGCCAGCUCCGCCGCCGUGGCCAGUCGCAUCGCUCAAGUGAUCUGGCCCUUCCCCUGUCGCCGUGACGACGAGGUUCACCACAAGUGUGUGCACGGAGAGACGGGUGUGGACAGACUGUAGGCCGGCUGAUGUGAAGUGUGCUGCUUGAGACGAUUUCACUGUAAAAUACUGAAAGUGAUCAUUGAUAUGCUGCUGUAACCAAAGAAUCAAUAACGUAAUGUAUCAGAAGGCGGGGUGCCCCACAGUUUUUGGUGUGCUGAAAUUUUCUGAUCACAACUGAUUUUUAUGAUUGUGAAAACGAAC